AAAUUUAACUACUAAUUUUGCAUUACUCCAUACAACCACAAUGGCUAAAACAUCCAAGGUAACUAAGGUGACUAAGGUCGAAAAGAAGUCCAAGAAGGACGACAAGAAGGCCGACAAGAAGUCCAAGAAGGUUGAAGAAGAAAAGGCUGAAUCCUCGGAUGAAUCCAGCAGCGAAGAAGAGACCUCGUCUUCUUCCGACUCUGAAUCCGAAUCUUCCUCUUCCUCUUCUUCUUCCUCCUCCAGCUCCGACUCUUCUUCUGAUUCCGAGUCUGACUCCGACUCUUCUGACGAAGAAGAAGAAGAAAAGCCAAAGGUUGAAGAAAAGAAGGCCAAGAAGGAAGUGAAGAAGGAAGAAUCCUCUGAUUCCGACUCUUCCUCCGACUCUUCUUCUGACUCUUCUUCCGACUCUGAUUCCGACUCUUCUGACGAAGAAGAGGAAGAAAAGAAGGAAGAAAAGAAGGAAGCCAAGAAGGAAGACUCCUCCGACUCCUCCGACUCCUCCUCUGAUUCCGACUCCUCGUCCGACUCUUCUGAUUCUGAUUCCGACUCUGAAUCCGAAGAAUCCUCCGAGGCUGAAGCUCCAAAGCGUAAGGCUGAAGAGUCCGAGGAAGAGCCAUCUUCCAAGAAGGCCAAGACUGAAGAAGAACCAGGAACUUUGUUCGUUGGUAGAUUGUCGUGGAACAUCGACGACGAAUGGUUGAAGAGAGAAUUCGAGCCAAUUGGCGGAGUUAUCAGCGCCAGAGUCAUCAUGGAAAAGGCCACUGGUAAGUCCAGAGGUUACGGUUACGUUGACUUCGAAACCAAGUCGCAAGCUGAAAAGGCUCUUGCUGAAUAUCAAGGCAGAGAAAUCGACGGCAGACCAAUCAACUUGGACUUGUCCACCGGUAAGCCACACGCCACCAAGCAAAACGACAGAGCCAAGCAGUUUGGUGACACUCCAUCCGCUCCUUCCGACACUCUUUUCAUUGGUAACUUGUCUUUCAACGUUGAAAGAGACACUCUUUUCAACACCUUCGGUGAGUACGGUAGCGUGAUCUCCUGCAGAAUCCCAACCCACCCAGACACUCAACAGCCAAAGGGUUUCGGUUACGUGCAAUUCUCCUCUGUCGACGAGGCCAAGGCUGCCAUGGAAGCCUUGAACGGUGAAUACAUCGAAGGACGUGCAUGCAGAUUGGACUUCUCCACUCCAAGAGACCCUAACACCAGUGGUGGUAACCGUGGUGGAUUCGGUGGAAACAGAGGUGGAAGCAGAGGUGGCUUCGGUGGAAACAGAGGUGGUAGAGGUGGUUUUGGAGGUGGUUUUGGAGGCCGUGAAAGAUCUGCUGGUCCUCCAAGAUCUGGUCCUAACGCUGCUGAAUUCAAGGGUACCAAGAAGACCUUUGAUUAGGUGGAUGCCGUAGGGCACUAUUGGCUGCAUUGAGAAUCAUCUUCCUUUUUAUUCGUUGUCUAUCAUAGAUAGUUCUGUACAG